AUGAGCCCAAUCAAGGGAUCGGUAGAACGCCAGAGGCUUCAGGAUACCAUCACACGACUCAAGAGCGAGCUCCCUAUCAAAGUGCCAUCUCAGGUCUCUCAAAUAAAGGAUGCAAUCAUCGCCAAGCAACAUAUUCCCAGCGACCACUCUACCGUUCUGGCAGAGUACCCGCAAACGACCCCUGAACAAGUCCAAGAAGCCAUAACGAGAGCAUUGGAAGCCAAAACUGCUUGGGAAAACACAUCCUUCACGAACCGUGCUGCUAUUUUCCUCCGCGCAGCCGAGCUCAUUGCUGGCAAAUACCGGGAGAGUAUUAUGGCCGCUACGAUGCUUGGACAAGGCAAGAACAUUUGGCAAGCGGAGAUUGACUCAGCAGCUGAAUCAGUUGACUUUCUACGUUUCAACGUGCACUACGCCGCUGAGCUGUACAAGCAACAAAACAUCCUGAAUGAUGCCGGGGUCUGGAACCGAACCGAGUACCGCCCCCUCGAAGGCUUCGUCUACGCAAUCAGCCCCUUUAACUUCACCGCAAUCGGCGCAAACCUGACCGUUGCGCCCGCAAUCAUGGGCAACGUCGUUCUCUGGAAGCCCUCAGACUACGCCUUCUACUCCAGCCACCUCCUCCACAAGAUUCUUCUCGAGGCAGGCCUUCCUCCCAACGUCAUCCAGCUCAUCCCAGGUGAAGCCGAGCCCAUCACCUCUUCCAUCCUCCACCACCCCAAGUUCGCGGCCCUCCACUUCACUGGAUCCACCGAUGUGUUCCGCCAGCUGUACGGUAAGAUCGGACAGGCCGUGGCAGAGGGUCGGUAUGAGAGCUACCCCCGCAUUGUCGGCGAGACGGGCGGCAAGAACUUCCACCUUGUCCAUGGUAGUGCUGAUGUGCGCAACGCUGUGGUUAACACUAUCCGUGGCGCUUUUGAAUAUCAGGGGCAAAAGUGCUCGGCUACUUCUCGUCUGUAUGUGGCCGAGUCGGUCUGGCCUGAAUUCAAGAAGACGCUUCUGGAAGAGACUGGCAAGCUCAAGGUUGGCUCGCCUGAGCAGGUCGACAACUUCAUCGGACCCGUCAUCCACGAGAGGUCGUGGGAUAAGCUGAAGGCGGUCAUCGACAAGGCCAAGAAAGAUCCUGAAGUUGAGCUCUUGGCAGGAGGUAACGCGGACAAGAGCAAAGGCUGGUUCGUCUCGCCGACCAUCUUCCAAACCACCAACCCGACAAACGAGCUGAUGAAGACGGAAUUCUUCGGCCCGAUCCUGUCUGUCUACGUCUACCCCGAUGAGAAGUACGAGGAGCUGCUUCCUGUGAUUGACUCGACCACACAGUUCGGCCUGACCGGUGCCGUGUUUGCUCGCGAUACAAAGGCGAUUGAGGCCGCCGAGAACGGUCUCCGCCAUUCUGCUGGCAACUUUUACAUCAACAGCAAGAGCAGCGGUGCCGUUGUUGGUCAUCAGCCCUUUGGUGGUGGCCGGGCUAGCGGCACCAAUGACAAGGCGACCAGCACUACCCUUUUGGCACGCUUCACCAGCAUCAGGAGUCUGAAGGAGGAUUUUGUAGGUGCUGAUACUGUUCUAUAUCCCUCGAAUGAGGUUUGA